AUGGCCCGUGCUCUUCGAAAUGCCGGGAGCGCUACAUUAGAAACACGACUACGUGGUCAAAAGCGCACGUUUGCCUUACCCGGUACAGAAAUGGCGGUAUCCACCUCGUGUCGAGAGAAAAAAACAAUGCGCAGGAAGUCGACAUCGAAAAUCACGUCGUUUGUAGGGAAUUCUGUGGUAGAUUUCGUGGCACCCCUUCGAGCGAGUGCCCCGUCUUUCGUGCUCCCUUCAUGCGACCAGGACGUCUGUUCUCCGAGCUGUAACUCUGUUGACUCUCAAGUCUUAUUGCAAUACCCGAAUCUAGUCCCUGCGCGACUUCUGCGUCGGUACAAACGCUUUUUAGCGGACGUCGUGCUGGUGCAGGAAACGGGCACUGACAAAUGUGCUGCAGAGGCACCACCUGGUAAAAAGUUGGUCAACACAAGUGGUACUGGAGACGAGGAGGACGUGAGCGUCGAUGAGGUCGUGACGGUGUACUGCCCAAACACUGGACCAAUGGUGGGACUCUUGGAUGAACUACCGAACGCUCGGGUGCAACUGUCAAAGAGCGGUAACCCCAAGCGCAAGUACGCGUACACCCUUGAGAUGAUCCAGAUACAUAAUGGAGAUAGGAACGUAUGGGUUGGCGUGCACUCGAGCUCUGCGAAUUGCAUGGUCGAGCAAGCACUGACGUCUCGGUGGUUCACCGAGCUUGGUCCGUACGACUCUGUGCGGCGUGAAGUGAAGUUUGCCAAGGGGAGUCGUGUCGAUUUUGUACUGGUCACAAACGCCGAGGACGGGUCCGUCGCUCAUGAGAAGUAUGUCGAGGUGAAGAGCGUGACGCUCUCGGUGGGGGGAUGUGGUCAGGCUUCGUCACGCUGCGCAGUUUUCCCUGAUACAGUGUCGACUCGAGCUCAGAAACACGUGGUCGAGUUGACAGAGUUGCUGUCGACAAAUAGCAAGAUCCAAGUUGAACAGGAAAGCAAGCGUGCGACUCCUGAGCGGAGUGGAGCCAUCAUCUUUCUGGUACAGCGCGAUGAUUGUCACGCGUUUGCGCCGUCCAUUAAGCACGACAGGAAAUUUGCCGAGUUGUGCAUGACUGCGGCAAGCAGCGGGGUUCAACUACUGGCUUAUGCAUGUGCUCUAGAGCCUGAUGAGCUCAAUGGUUCUGGCGCUGUGCGGCUCUUGAAGGCACUGCCACUGCAUGAUGGUGCGAUAUUGGACAGGAUGCUGUCCUGA